AUGCGUCCCAAAACAUUACAAGCGUACAAGCGUACGCUACACACAUAUCAUGUAGGAUUUGGUUUACGUGAACCAUAUCAAAUCUUAGUCGAUGGCGAUUUCUGUAAAGAAGCUUUGACACAAAAGAUUUACAUUAAGGAUUCUCUACCUGAAAUCAUGCAGGCACCUACAAAACUGAUGGUAACUGAGUGUACUAUCCACGAAUUGCAAAGCAAGGGACGUGAAUUUACGAAUGCCAUGAUUGUUGCCAAAAGAUUCGAGCAUCGUCGGUGUGCUCACAAAACACCUGUAAAGAGUGCUGCUUGCAUUUCCGAAAUCAUCGGCUCUACCAACCAAUACCAUUACUGUGUUGCUUCACAGGAUAAGAAACUUCGUUCUCACUUGCGCAGUGUUCCUGGUGUUCCUCUCCUGCAUAUUAAAAAGAAUCUGGUUAUACUCGAACCUAUGUCAAACGAAAGCAAAGAAGCUCUUAAACGGCACGAAAUCGAAAAGACGUUACCGAUGGGUAAAGAAGCUAGUUUGCUCAAGGGUAUUGGUCGUGCGGCUGGAAUAAUCAAAGAUGAGGAGCCCAAAGAAAAGAAGACGAAGAAGGCAUUGAAGAAAAAGGGACCAAAUCCAUUGAGCGUGAAAAAGAAGAAGAAACAGCAGACAACACCCAAAGAAGCAACU